AGCAGGGCAUCUUUUCAUUUUACCGAGCAGACCUUCCCCCGCGGAAAACGACGCCGUCUAACUGUUGCGAUAGAGCGCUCGACACGGGGGAAGUGGGAAGAUGAGGUUGGUGCUUGGUGUAUCGGCAGCGAAGAAAUGGAGUUAGCUCUGCGGAUAUCCGUGCCGCUUACCCGAGAAACAAAAACCAUAAUCCAAACUCAUCACUGUCGCCGUAUAACCACCCUUCGGAAAAGGCAUGCUUUCCCUCUUCCUCUUCCCCCCGAAAACAACCCCUUCACAGACACCCAAUUUCACCUUCAGGCUACAAGGCUUGGUAGAAAUAGAAAUGGGGAGCUUCUGUUGCAAGAGAACGAAGAAGAAAAAGAAGAAGUAGUAGUAGUAGAAGAAGAAGAUGUUCGCAACCUAGCGGAUGUGAAACCAGCUGCGUCAGCGGGUAUGUCCGACGACGACGAAUCCUCUUCUCUUCUCUCUCUGACCGAUAAGCCUGACAGAACCACGGCCUUGCCCGACGACUACGACAUGGAGGAACUUGACUUCUCCGCCGGCCCUAACCACCGAAGUGGAUAUGUGGCUGUACUUGGCAAGCCAAAUGUUGGAAAGAGUACACUCUCAAACCAAAUGGUAGGACAGAAAUUGUCAAUCGUCACGGAAAAACCUCAAACUACAAGGCACCGAAUCAUUGGUCUAUGUUCUGGUCCAGAUUAUCAGAUGAUACUUUAUGAUACACCUGGUGUAAUUGAGAAAAAAAUGCACAAAUUGGACUCAAUGAUGAUGAAGAAUGUCCGCAGUGCUGCAAUCAAUGCAGACUGUGUACUAGUUGUUGUUGAUGCGUGUAAGGCUCCUGAAAAGAUUAAUGAAGUAUUGGAAGAAGGGGUGGGAAACCUUAAAGAUAAGCUUCCUACUUUGCUGGUUUUGAAUAAGAAAGAUCUGAUAAAGCCCGGUGAAAUUGCAAAGAAACUCCAGUGGUAUGAGAAGUUCACAGAAGCGGAUGAGGUCAUACCUGUGAGUGCCAAAUAUGGUCAUGGAGUGGAUGAUGUUAAAGAUUGGAUCCUAUCAAAACUUCCUAUUGGCCCAGCCUAUUAUCCAAAGGACAUUGCUAGUGAGCAUCCAGAAAGAUUCUUUGUGGCAGAAAUUGUUAGAGAGAAGAUUUUUAUGCAGUAUCGUAAUGAAGUUCCUUAUGCAUGUCAGGUGAAUGUGGUGACCUACAAAUCUAGGCCAAAUGCAAAAGACUUCAUACAAGUUGAGAUUGUUGUUGAGAAGAGCACACAGAAAAUCAUCCUCAUUGGAAAAGGAGGGAAGGCAUUGAAAUUGCUUGCUACGGCUGCUCGGCUGGACAUUGAAGAUUUUUUGCAGAAAAAAGUAUUUCUUGAGGUCGAAGUGAGAGUGAAUGAUAAUUGGCGGCAAAAUGAAGGGCUUCUGAAGAACUACGGCUACGGGGCACAAAUUCAAGCUUUUUAGAGUGGUAUUGCAUUGGCAUGUAGUCACUUGUUUGCUGAAGAACAUAACGGGAAGAUGGUUGCAUUAUGCAGCGAGUAUGAACGGAUGAUCUUCUCAGUAGAGCUGCAGCCCAUUGCUGCGAUAUUCGAUGAGAAUGUUUUUGUCAAGGCAAAUCAAAUGAAUGAUGCAACAAAAUUUUUUUCCUGGUGCUCUUGAUAUCCUGCUCUCGCUAGAAAUGUGUGAUUUUAACAUUACCCGUAACAUGUUCACACAUGUUGAGAUUGCUCAGCUCUAAUGGAGGGUGUAGCUCUGUGAAGGGUGGUGGUGAUGUUGACUGUUGAGCGGCUUGUCUUCUCUUCUGUCUCUGGGUGGCCAGGCAAAAAAGGGCAGGAGCGUUGGGUUCCAUAAUGAAGGUGGAAAGGGUGCAGAAACAGAUCCCUACCUUUUAAUGUACUCUGUGCAGCUACUGCUGCUUAUUAUUAUUAUUUUCUUUUACUGAUCUGUUAACUCCAUUUUGGUGUUUUGCCCUAGUCUUACGAUCAUGAGAUAAAGUAUUGUUGGAAGCAAGUGGAGAUUGUGUUUCUAAACCAAGAAAAUGGAAAAGUAAAAAUUGAAGACUGGUUGUGCUA